AUGUUGUACCUUCACGAUAGAAAUGUCCUGCCACCCGUGUGUGAUGGAGAUGUUCUGCCCAUGCCACUCUCGAUCUUUAACGACGAUGUCCUAAAAGUGACACGAAUCGGAAAGGUUGGUGAAGAUCGUACGAUCUCACGCGGCUGGAAAUCAGAUUUGGUCUCCUAG